AUGUCCAUGAACAGUUCCAAACAGCCAGUGUCUCCUGCAGCUGGGCUCCUCGCGAACACAACCUGCCACACAGAAAACCGGCUCUCAGUAUUUUUCUCGAUAAUUUUCAUGACAGUGGGGAUCUUAUCCAACAGCCUGGCCAUCGCCAUUCUCAUGAAGGCAUAUCAGAGAUUCAGGCAGAAGUCGAAGGCUUCCUUUCUGCUCUUGGCUAGUGGCCUGGUGAUCACAGACUUCUUUGGCCAUCUCAUUAAUGGAGGGAUAGCUGUUUUUGUGUAUGCUUCUGAUAAAGACUGGAUCCGCUUUGAUCAAUCAAACAUCCUGUGCAGUGUUUUUGGAAUCUCCAUGGUGUUUUCUGGCUUGUGCCCACUUUUUCUAGGCAGUGCAAUGGCCAUUGAGCGCUGUAUCGGAGUCACCAACCCUAUAUUCCAUUCUACGAAAAUUACAUCUAGACACGUGAAAAUGAUCUUGAGUAGUGUGUGCAUGUUUGCCAUUUUCGUGGCUUUGUUGCCCAUCCUUGGACACCGAGAGUAUAAAAUUCAAGCAUCCAGAACCUGGUGUUUCUACAACACAGAACACAUCGAAGACUGGGAAGACAGAUUUUAUCUUUUGUGCUUUUCUUUCUUGGGCCUCUUAGCUCUUGGUGUUUCGUUCUCAUGCAAUGCCGUGACUGGAGUUACACUUUUACGGGUGAAGUUUAAAAAUCAGCAGCACAGACAAGGCAGGUCUCACCACCUGGAGAUGGUCAUUCAGCUCCUGGCCAUAAUGUGCGUCUCCUGUGUCUGCUGGAGUCCCUUUCUGGUAACGAUGGCCAACAUUGCGAUUAAUGGAAAUAACUCCCCAGUGACCUGUGAAACGACACUCUUUGCUCUUCGAAUGGCAACAUGGAAUCAGAUCUUAGACCCUUGGGUCUACAUCUUGCUCCGGAAGGCUGUCCUUAAGAACCUGUAUAAGCUUGCCAGUCGUUGCUGUGGGGUGCACAUCAUCAGCUUGCACAUCUGGGAGCUCAGCUCCAUCAAGAACUCCUUAAAGGUUGCUUCUAUCUCUGAGUCACCGGCUGUGGAGAAGGACGGCCAGCAAGUAUCCCGUGAAGCUGGACUGUAAGUCACUGCAGCGCUGGAAGAAAAUCAUGGGGGGUUCGGAAACAUCUCAGCUGAUCAGACACAGCCUAACCAGAACAUUUGGACCUCAGUGUUUAGCUCAGGAGUACAUGGACAUACUGCUUCUGAACUUUGUUAUGUUGGCUGCUUCGUGGUUGUCCACUUUCACUUUUUUUUCAACAGGCGGUAAACUGAGACAAUGUGAGGGGGUUGAGUAGAACACACAUUUGAGUUUAGCAGUUUGACUCUUGUGUUUGGAAUAAAUAUAUCUGUUGAGGCCCAAAGCCUUUAGUUGACCUCUUUGUCCAAGAAACUUAAUGCUACCUGCACCAUGAAAUGGCCAUUUGAGGAUCAUUGACUUAUAGACAAGGCUCAAAGUAGUAACACGAGACUCUGAAGUUGUUUGUGUGUGAGAUUCUGGUCUGUUUACUAGUCCAUAUGUUCUCAAUCAAUGUCUGAAUGACCAUGACAUUUGGGAUUCAUGGUGGCCUAUUAUAGGUACUAUGUAGGCUAAAUCAGCCUGACCUUGAGAGGGUGAUGAAGAUAGCCAUUCUUGCCACAAGUGACAGACAUGUUUGCUUGCAUUUGUUGUGCAGGCCAAUUAUUGUUUGAAGAUUUGUUUUUUAUAUAAAGUUAUGGAUUCUUAUUGUUUAAGUAAUCACAUUUUCCUCUGAAAAUUGUGGAGAAAUACAGGCUUUAUCUUAGCACAGAUUCAGCUCAUGAUAGCAUACUCACUCAGCCCUAUCAUGGAUGAAAAAAACCAUCUACAUCUCAGUGACACGUGCCAAGAACAUGGCAAACAUUGCUUUACCUGAGCUGUCACUUCUAUGUCAGAGCAUAAAAGAAAAACAAUCAAGACAUAUUGAAAGUCUGUUUGCAGCUAGUGUGUUUCUGCCUUACACAAACAGGCAUAAGGGAGUUCUGUUGAUGGUGGUUUCACUAAAUCUUUUGGACCACAUUUAAAAAAAAUUAUUAACUAUAAGUGGGGUUGGGAAAGAUCUGAAGUUAGCCAGGCG